AUGAAAAGUUAUUAUAAUAAGUGGUUAGUUAGAUUGUAUAUUUGCUUUACAUUAGUUGUACUCACUAAUUUCUUUUUUUCUUUAUUGGUAAAUGAUACGAUGAGUAGUGGUAAUAAUAGCAUAACGGGGAGUGUGACCGAUAGCAUAAGCCCUGGCAGUGGUCAUGGUCGGAAAUCGCUACCAUAUCUAUCGUCGGUUUUGUUGCCCAGUACAAUGGUUGGGCCAAAUUCUUCAAAUAAACAACAACAACAGCAACAGCAACAACAGCAGCAACAACAACAACAUAGUUCAUCAUCCAACUCAUCGUCUCCCAGUCAAUCUAGAUAUAGUAAUAGUAGUAGCAGUAGUAGUAAUAGUAAUGGUGGUCAUAACGAAGAAUGGGAAAGAGAUCGAGAUCGGGAAAGAGAUCGAGAUCGUGAACGUGAAAGAGAUAGGGAUCGAGAAAGAGAAAGAGAAAGAGAAAGAGAAUGGGAAAGCAAUAGUUAUCAUAGUAAUCUAAGCGCAACAGCAAGUAUGAGCACAAACAGCAACUUAAGUAACCAUAGUAGCUUUAGCAACAACAGCAAUAUGAGCAAUAGCAGUGGCGGUAGUAGCAAGCUGCCUUCGGUCAAUCAAAUAAUUCACGAUCCUUUCUCAAAGAAUGAGUAUAAGAUAUCACACAAUUCACCUUUGAUACCAUCAAGAAUGAUGCAGCAACAACAGCAGUUACAACAGCAGCAACAGCAACAUCAACAUCAACCACUAUCACCAACACAACAACAAAAUGUAAAUAAUAAUAAUACUUCACAAGGAGUGAAUAGAUUAACUCCAAAUACAAAUUCAUCAAGUUUCAACGGAAAAGAUAGAGAUAGAGAUAGAGAAAGAGAAAGAGAACAGAGCAGCAGUAAAGAAAGAGAUAGAGAUAAUUGGGAAAGAGAAAAAGACUAUGGAUUUAAUAUUAUUACAAGUGGCAAUGGUGGACAUGUAAAUCAUAUGAUUACAAAGCCCGCUGCAUCAUCGUUGUUAGACAACGAAGCUUUGAUGAGAUCAACAAAGUUACAUCAUCAAAACGUUAUUGAGUUUCAUCAACAACAACAACAACAACAACUUAAUCAUCAACAACAUUUGCAACAACAAUUAUUACAGCAACAACAACAGCAACAACACGACCAUAAAAAACAACAACAACAAUUAGGUGGAGGUAUGCCAUCAAUUGAUAAUAAGAAAAGAAAACAUUUUACUACAGAUGUCUCAGAGAUAAAUAUGUAUCACUCCAAUGAUUCCUCACCAUACAACAACAAUAAUAAUAAUCACAAUGGAAAUGAGGAUACCGAAGAUGAUAUGAAGAUAAUUGUACAUUCAAAUAAGCAACAGCAACAACCAAUCACAGAAUCAUCAUCUGAUGAUAUAGAUAGCACCGAUGAUUUUGCUCGAAUUGAACUACAGCAAAAUACCAAUAUAGCAAAUGGUUUAUUGUAUAAUUUGACCAAACUAACUACAUCGAUUGACCUCGAUCAGGCUGAUCACAAACUCAUUGCCAACUGUAAAGUAUUACGAUCAAGAUUCUAUGGAAAUAUACUUAUUAGGAGUAGUUAUAUGAAGGAAUCAACUCAUAAAGUAUUGAAGAGAAAACAAAAAUUUAGGUUCAAAGAGAUCAAAGAAGCUUUAUAUAAUCAUGAGUACUCGACCUAUUUGAUCAGUGUCAACGAACGAUGCUGUCUGUGUGGUGAAAACAGUAACAACCACGAUACCUACUACCUCUUGAAAUGCCACAUACUUUGCAAUCGAUGCUUUAUGGCAAAACAAAGAGAUAUCCGUAAGAAAGAAGUUCAAGAAAGAAUUCAAUACAACGCACGUGAACGUAUCCGUCAAAUGAAUGCUAGACUCUUUUUUCAACGUUACCCUCAAUUUAAUACUAUUCAUCAAUAG